UUUGCUAGAGAUGCUAAAUGUAUGCUCUCGCUAACAGAACUUCCUCCCCAACAGAUUGGAUUUUUGAAAUAUGACGUUGCUGAAGAGGUAUGUGUUGAGAUUGUUCAUAUCAUUGAAGUACAUCACUGCAAAUGUGGUAGACAGAAACAACGGAUGUAUAGUAGCAACAUCAUCUACUGUUGAACAUUCAGUGAAACAGUCACUUGAGUGCGGUAGAACUUGCAAUGCAAAGGCUGCAGCGAUUGUAGGAGAAGUGUUGGCAAUGCGUCUCAAAGUGGAGGGUCUUGAUCAGGGGCAAGGAAACGGGAUCCAUGUCAAUGUAAAUAAAGAGGUUGAGAAGAAAGGUUUCAAAAAUCGUACAAAAGUUUGGGCUAUAGUUAACGGCCUUAAGAGCAAUGCAGUGAAACUUAUUUUGGAUGACAAUGAAAAUGACAGUUGUCGCCCUAACUUCCACUAGAACAGUGCGCUGAUCCUCUUAUCGCACGCCUACAAGGUACAAAUAAUGAAUUGUA